AUGGUUUCCGAUCGCUUGCCGGGUCAAGUGAUUAUCUACACUGUAUUAGGGAAUGCUCAAUGUAUGAAAGCAAAAAAUAUUCUGAACAGAGCAAACAUUCCUUACACCGAUGUUUCUCUCGAUUCCUUCCCUCAGUGUCGCGAGGAAGUGAUACGGAGAGCCAAUGGGGAUUUGACUGUGCCGCAGAUAUUUUUUAAUCAUAUCCAUAUUGGAGGAACAGAUCAACUUCAAUACUUGGUCAAUGAUGAGAAUGCUUGGGACAAUAUGAUGGCAAAACUUUGUGAAGAAUGUUCAGAAAACGAACCGCCAAUACCUUUACCAACGACAGCCGUAGAUUACAAUGACAAUAAAGACGACUUGGAUUGUGUUCUGCACUGGAUGCCCGACGAAUAUGAUAAACUAAUUAGUGAUAUGAGAAAAUCAAACUUAAUAAGAGAUAAUAAGGUUGGAUUACUCAAAACUUAUAGAAAUUCAUUUAAAGGAGAAGAGCUAAUUGAAUGGAUGGUGCGAGAAAAAGGAUUACAACGCAGAGAAGCUCUGGAAAUCGGACAGGACCUUAUUGAUCGCAACUUCGGACAACAAGCAUCAAAUGAAAUGGGUACUUCAUUCAGUCCUGACAGAUUUUAUCAACUUGUGGAGGAUGAUCAAAAUCGCCCACUCAAUUAUGGGAUACCCUCCAAAGAGGAUAUAAUGACUGUCGCCGAGUUCAACAACAGUUUUGUGAAAAUCAUAAACCCCGUUUUGAAUGAUGUCGUUUCGGAAGAUGGAAUAACAAUAAACUAUCAGAAACUGAUCGACAAUGAUAAUUAUACACGUUAUCUUCAUUUCGCCAAAGAUUUGAGGAACGUGGAUCCUUCACUUAGCAGCCCUGACGAAAGGAUCGCUUUCUUUGUAAAUGUUUAUAAUGUGAUGCUGAUUCAUAUGACUCAUAAGUACGGACUUCCUCAGAGUGUAUGGCAAAGAAGAAAGUAUAUAAAUAGCACAUAUUAUCAAAUUCACGAACACAAGUAUAGUCUGCAAUCUAUACUGAAUGGAAUUCUGAGAAGUAACCGAAAGGGACUGGGAAUGCUAUGGAAAUCUUUUGGAAAACAAGACGAAAGACUACCAUUGAUUUUACCUGAGUGCGAACCACUUGUUCACUUUUGUCUUACAUCAGGCACCAGAUCAACGCCACCUAUUCGAACAUAUACAUCCAGGGGCGUGAGGAAAGAAAUGGAAGAUAACGCAAGAAUAUAUUUACUCAAUGAUAAUGCUUUAAAAAUAGAUGCCAAGAAAAAUAUGAUUUAUUUAACUAAAAUUUUCAAAUGGUAUGCUGAUGACUUUGGAUCAACUCAUGAGAAGAUCAUAUCUUGGAUUCUCCAGCUUUUUGAAGGAGUUGAGUGCCCCAAAAUUAAAGCUCUUCAAACUAUGUUCUACACCGGGGAUUAUACUGUCGAUUAUUUGUCUUACGAUUGGACUUUCAACGGAAAAGAAAAGAAAGAGAACCGUCAAGAUUGCAGACAAGCCAAAGAUUGUCCAAACAUGGCCAAAGAGAUUUCAUGUGACUUUUCGUGUUGA